CUUGACAAUCCACGAUCGCCCAUCUACUCUCCUAAAUUCUAUACUAUACUCUCCUCAGCUUCUCUCUUCCACCGGACAUUCCUCCCUCUUGUGGUCCUCUCGCUCGUCUGAUUUCGAUCGCCUGGAGUUCGUGACUGUGGGUCCAGCCAAUCUUGCCUGCAUCCGGCAACCGUCAUUCCAGCACCAACAACCCUGCUGCGACCUCGACAUUCCCCUCUUUUCUUUCCUAGUCCUAGUUUCUCCAACGAACCAUCCUUUUACCUUCUCUCCUCUUCUCUCGCUUCGUCGGAAUGGACUACGCCAUGGAGGAUACUCAGAACGCUGCCCCGGAGGCCCGGGAGUCCUCGAAGCUGAGCUCGGGCGCUCAGAAAAAUGAUACCCAGAGCGUUACGAAGCGUCUCCAAGCCGAGUUGAUGCAGCUCAUGCUGUCCCCCUCCCCCGGCACGUCCGCCUUCCCCGACGCCGACGGCAACCUGCUUUCCUGGACGGCGACCAUCACCGGUCCCACGGAAACUCCCUACGAGGGCCUCACCUUCAAGCUGUCGUUUACCUUUCCCAACAACUACCCCUACGCUCCGCCCACCGUCCUCUUCAAGACCCCCAUCUACCACCCCAACUUUGACUUCUCCGGCCGCAUCUGUCUGGAUAUCCUGGGCGAGAAGUGGAGUGCUGUGUAUAAUGUGCAGAGUGUUCUCCUGAGCUUGCAGAGUCUGCUGGGUGAACCCAACAACGCAAGCCCCCUCAACGCCCAAGCCGCCGAACUCUGGGACACCGACAAGGAGGAAUUCAAGCGUCUGGUCCUAUCCCGACACCGGGACAUCGAGGAGAUCGAAUAAUCGCAUGGGGUUGGGUUGGCUUGGUUUUGUUUCAUCCGGCCGUGGCGUUCUGGACAGACCGAUUUCACUUUUCACUUUGACGUUUUUGGGGCAUUGCAUGAGCAGGAUCCGUUGCGACUUGUUUCUUGUCGGGCUGUGAAUGCGGCUCGAUGCAUUACGGACACUUCGGGUUCCGGGAGUUGGUGUGUUUUUUCUAUUAGUUUCUGUCUGCUAGGAAUGGUUCUCGUUGGUGCCCUGCUUUCUGGGUAGUCUUCGUUACGUCUUCCAGUAAUUGAACUUUGUGUUCACGUCAGUUUGAUUCAUUAUCAUUAUAUUUGUAUUGGAAUUGAC